AUCCUACAAACAACCAUUUUUACGGAUGUUUACGAGGUAGUGCUGCUGAGGCGCCUAGAAUCCGAUAUCUAUUUUUUCUUCUCGACCGCGUUUUCAUGGGUCGACCUUCGUUUCUGAGCCGGCAUGAUGUCGAAACCUGGGCGUCUACCCCUAAGGCUCCCGAGCACGGAUCUGGCUUCAUAGCCCAACUAUUCAUAGCCAUCCGAUCCUCCAUGGCAUCUCUUGUCAAGAGCCUUUCAAAAACCAAACAUGACGCGGAAAGGAAAUGUCGCAACGAAUAUGAACGUUUCUUUCUUUGGGGAGAUGGGCUAUCAGCUCAUGACGGGUUUCUUGAUGAGGUCCUGGCACCUUCACAAGAGCUUCGAACCCAUUUGGUCACUUUACUUUGGCGGCUCGGAACAACCGUCUCACAAGCACUUUCUCAUGAGCUGUCUGAUACUGUAGAGCCCAGCGCGGCCAGCCAACUUCCAGAAUUACUGGAAAAAGCCGAGACCAUGAUGCAGUACACGAUGUCUGAAGAAACACCCAAUCCCAAUCCCAACUCCUCGUCAGACAGUUUAGCAAUUAGCCUUACAGAGCUCGUCGAGGACAUUGCUGUUUACAUCAACUGUCUGAUGGAUCUAUCUCAUACUCUGGAAACACCAGCGUUGGAGACUGUACUGAAGCAUGACGAAAUUGCGCAGACGUCUGUGGAGAUUGAAGAACAAUUUGUUGUUUCUUCCGAAGAGGCCAUGGUCUAUUGUCGCAAAAUUCGUGACCGGUUUGGACUUCUACCAAAACUUCUGGUCGAACGACUUGCUGAGGCCAACACGAUCCGCGCUGGGAUGUUGCGUGAGAUGAAGGCCACUAGCAUGAAGCCACAGACGCAAAUACAAGAUGAUGUGACGGAGACCUUAUUCUCCAGCCGGCCCGAGACCACCAUUCCGACAAACUCGACUGCGCCUUACUCAUCUAUAUUCUCAACUAACCGAAAGCCAGUACCGAUAUCUGGGUUACGAUAUCCUGAUCGCGGUGCUCAAUACGACGCAUCGCUGGCCACCCUUGCUUCUGGGAGAAGCAUGUCAUCGGCAGCGGUAUUCGACCGCCCUCAAAUACCUCCAAUGCCAGAGAACUAUGGUCAUGGAUUUGUCUGCCCCAUUUGCUUUAAACUUGUAGCAGAGGUGAAUACGAAAAGAGAAUGGAAAUCACACGUGUUUACAGACUUGACACCCUAUAUAUGCACAGACAUGAGUUGUCGUGACACGACAUUGUACAAUCAAACAGACCGAUGGGCAAGCCACGAGGCGACACAUCGUCCACCGUUGCAGAAGAUAGAUAGUUGCGCAUUUUGCGAAGCAACAUUCCAGCAAGAAUCUCGUAUAUUCUACGACCAUGUCUCAAAGCACCUUCAGGAGGUGUCACUUGCUAUCCUGCCCCGAGCGGUCGAUGACCUAGGGGAGGAGGGGGCAAGUGAUAGCGAUGAAGACCAGCAACAACCCGAGCCAGCCAGUGUCGGCGCUGCCUUUAUGCAGGAAGCCUCCUGGGAUCCUGUUCUUGAUGAUUCCUUCUACUUCCCCAUCGAUGCAGAAUUUCUCUCAACUCAAGAGUGUAUCUCAGCUUGGAACACGAUUCGAGUCUUGUGCGAGGCUGUGGUCCUCGGACGGCACAUUUCACAUCAAUACAUGGUUUAUACCCACUCCAGGGGAUCUUCUCUCAGGCAUGAUCUUGGCAAUGUUACAACCUACGUGGGAGUUGUACUUGAGUCAACGCGGGCCCGAACCAAUGCUUUGGAUUCGAGUUUCUAUCGACAGCCUCUUGCAUUGCAGGUCUCUGGCCCUUUGGAUGCAUGCACCAGAUACUUGAGUAAACUAUCUGAAACUGCCAGUAUCGAUCUCUUGCAGAUUUUAGUGCAGGGAUUUGAUGGCGUGGAACGUCAGAUACAUCAGGAUCUUGCCCCCUAUGUUCGAGCUAGAACCGACUACGAGAGCAUUCGGUUGGAAAAUAUUGGUCAUGAGCUCCGUGCUUUCGUCGGGAAGCAUUUCCAAGGCGUUCUUACCGCAUCAGUUCUGAUGCCCCUCGACCAGACUUCGAUGUCCAUGUACACAUGUACGUGGCCUACUAUCACAAAUUCACAACUCCUCGGGGUCACAGGGGAAGCACCAAUAGGCACACUCAAAGCUUCCAGUGAUGAUCAUAGGCAGCAAUCCAUCGAUCAGAAACUCAUCUCCGCAACCAAGGAGGACCUCCAUGACCUUGCGCGCUACUUUCUGCAGGACGAGACACCUCGAGCAAACCCAAACGCUACAGACAUCCACGGCAUGACAGCCUUGCAUCAUGCGGCUCAGUCAGAGGGGGAUACUUUAGGCUUCAUCAAGCUGCUCUUGGCGCAUGGUUCUGAGGUUGAUGCUCGAUGUCAGGUGGAGUAUCCUGACUUCUGUCGCGGUGGCGACGAGAAGCCUGUUCCAUGCGCGGUCUCAGGCCAUACCCCUCUGUUCCUAGCGCUCCGCCAUGGGCGGACUGCCGCAAUGGAAGAACUCCUGCUUCAUGGCGCCAGCAUGCAGGCGGCACUCUUUGAGGCCGUGACGGCAAAGGAUGCCUCAAUGGUCCGCAUGCUUUUCCGUCUACGAGAGGUGAAUAAAUGGACGCUUGGGGCUUCAUUCACGCUCACCGAAGAGUACCGUUACAAGGGAAAGCGCAUACCCCUCAACCCCCUCGAAUUAAGUGCCGCCCUUGGUGAUCAAGUCACUGCGGGAGUCAUUCGAGAAGCCCUGCUGGCAUCGCAUGGCCACGACCGGGGAAAUGAUCUGGUUGCCUCCGCUUUUGGAACAGCGCUGAACCUAGCUGAUAUCGACAUGGCGUCUAUUCUUUCCGGGUUCUUUGACGCAUGGAAGCCUUGGGCGACUCGGAGCGACAAGCAGGGGAACAGCCCACUGGCGCUUCUUCUCAAAAUGAUUCUCGCGUCAGGCGAGGAAACAGUUCAGUCAAACCAGGCAACUCUCCAGACCAUUGCCGGCAACCUCGUCCGUAGUGUAGCAGCAGACGAGAGGGACUGGCUCGUGUUCAAGAACAGCAGCGGCGAGUCGGUUGUCAGCAUCUUCGGUGACAAUUUUGCCGAGCUGGAGUUUCUCAAACCACAGCUUCACGAGACCUCACUUGAUCACCACCUGCAAGCAAGGAGGCGGAGAGCGCAGAGCAAUCCACGGUUGCGCGUUCUAGGUGCAAUGCAGAAGCGCCAUGCGAGGUUCACAAUCGGAGGCGACGAAAGUGAGGAUGCUGGUCAGAAUGAUGAGUAA